UUAGGUGUUAAUGAUGAUAUUUGUAUGGCUUUUCUGUAUGUAAAUUCCAUUUCAUUUAAGCAAUGUCUUACAGUUCGGUCACAGACAUUGAGUCCAGUUUCUGCCCAGUUGUUCCUCAUUUGUUUUGUUGUGCAUUUUCUGUUUUCAAGGCAUAUUGCUUUAAGUUUUCUAUGUUGAUGCUUUGAUGUCUUCCUUGGUCUACUAGUACACUUUCCUUUUACAACCUUCCCUUUUGAUUUGUACUUCAGAUUUUAGACACAGGUGACUGGGAACAACCAACAUUUUUUGCAUUUUUUCCAUGAUGACUUACCUUCUUGAAGAAGUUUUAUAAUCCUCUCCUUUGUUUUAACUGACCUCUCAUGUGUUGGAGCCAU